UGCAAGAAGUGAUGGAGCAAGGUACAGUCAAUCUAAGCUGCUCUGCAGAAGCCCCCUGCCCGAAACAACCCACUGCAAUAUCCUGGUCUAACAUCCCUGAAUCUGCCAGCAUUACAAUAAAGUUACAGGAGAAACCUGAUAAAACCCAGUCAGUGUUUUCACACAUGACCUUCAAAGCUUCAUACAAAGAUCACAGAAAGAACAUCUCAUGUACUGCUACAUAUCCAAGAAAUACAUCUAAUGAUUCGACUGCAGAGACCACCAUGAUGCUAAAAGUCCUGUUUUCUCCAAAAGAAACUCACAUCAUCAUUGAUCCAUCUGAUUCAAUCUCCAUUGGCACUAAUGUGACUUUGACCUGCAAAAGCAAAGCCAGUCCAAAUGAAAUUAACUACACUUGGUUCAAAAGUGGACAGGAGAAAGAGCUGGAUUUUGGAGAACAACUAACCUUGAAUGUAAAUAGGAGGAGUGGGGGCUGGUACUUUUGCACUGCAAAGAACAUACAUGGUAACCAGACAUCAGAAGAGAUCCAGCUGAUUGUGGCAGGUUCUGCUUCCUUAGUACCAUUGUCUUUAAUCAUUGGCUGUGUCGGAGGAAUUUCAGCAUUUCUGUUUAUAUUUCUUCUGGUAAUGAUUUUCCUAAGAGUGCAAAGAGUAAAGGCAUCCGUUAAUAGGGAAACUGACAUCUCAGAUCAGAGUCAGGAAAAACAUGUGCAGGACAACUCUGUUUAUGCUAAUAGUGCUUUUGCAAUGGGUGAAGAGCUAGAGACGCCAAAGGAUGAGAAUGACAUGAUCCACUACGGAGAGAUUCACUUCUCCACUUUCCAAACCAAAAGCACCACAGAGAAGAUCUCUGGACUAGAAACAAUAUAUGCUGAGGUCUGUGGUUCAGGGAAGCAUUAGUUUACAUUAGAAUAAACAGUGAAUUGGGUGACACUUUACAUAAAGGUUCCCUUUAUAUAGGGUUUAUAAAGGUGUUUAUAAAUUACUAAUACGUCAUUUACAAAUGCAUUAUAAAUAAUUGAUAAGCAGUUAUAAAUGCAUAAAUAAAAAAGGGUGAUUUUAAUGCACUACCAGCCAAAUCAUUUUUAACUCACAUUGCUAUAAAUGCUUAAUAUAUUUAUUCAUACUAUUUUCACUCAAACCCAGAUUCCAGAUUUAUUUCAUGAUGCAGCGAGAGACUGAUGUGUGUUGUAUUUGUUUUUCUAAUUUAUAUCUCAUGACUUGUCUCAUUUUUUCUUGUGUCACCAGAAGCUUCCCUCGUAUCUUAUCCAUGAUUCACAGCAAAAAUUCAUGAUGUCUGUCCAUAGUAAUGAUUAAAAACUGAUAGAAGACAUAAAAGCCCAACCAUGACUUCAUGAGAUAUUAAUAAAGACAAUUUUAAUUUCAAUAUUAGUUACUUGUCAACUUUAAGGAAA